GUACCCAGACUCAUGGUAUCGUGAUAUCACUUCCAACAAAAAGUUCUUUUCCCUCGCCGCAACCUACAGGGGCGCCAUCGUGGGGAUGAUAGUAGCCGAAAUAAAAAGUAGGAGCAAGAUACACAAGGAGGAUGGAGAUAUUCUAGCCUCCAACUUCUCUGUUGACACGCAGGUUGCGUACAUUCUAAGUCUGGGAGUAGUGAAGGAGUUCAGGAAGCACGGCAUAGGUUCCCUUUUACUUGAGAGUUUGAAGGAUCACAUAUCAACCACCGCCCAAGACCACUGCAAAGCCAUCUACCUGCACGUCCUCACCACCAACAACACAGCAAUAAACUUCUAUGAAAACAGAGACUUUAAGCAACAUCACUAUCUCCCCUAUUACUACUCCAUCCGAGGGGUCCUCAAAGAUGGCUUCACCUAUGUGCUCUACAUCAACGGCGGCCACCCUCCCUGGACAAUCCUGGACUACAUCCAACACCUGGGCUCCGCGCUAGCGAACCUGAGCCCUUGCUCCAUCCCGCACAGGAUCUACCGUCAGGCCCACAGCCUGCUCUGCAGCUUCCUGCCGUGGUCUGGCAUCUCCAGCAAGGGGGGCAUUGCCUAUAGCCGGACCAUGUGAUGCCAGCUGGGCAGCCGUCAGCAGGCCCCGCCCUUCGGCACCCCUCAGAACCCGCCUUCCUGGCUGUCGGACUUCUGUCGUCUGCAGAGGAGCCGGUGACCCCUGGCCGGGCCCGCUGGCCUGCCGCA